CGUUGUAAAUAAACUAAAGUGCUAGUGCCGUCCUUUUAGUGUCAGUGAAUGCUGUGUUACCCAGUGCCUACGUUGUGAUCUAGUUUUUAACAAGGUGUUUUAUCAGUGUUUUGUGUCUUGUUUUCCCGAGUAACAUCGGCCUGACAUCUGUUUUGGAUUUAUGUUGACGUGAUAACGGUGAUGCUGGGCGGGGCAGGGUCGCCGGGCGGCGAUGAGCUGCUCACUGUCACCGUCGUGCGCGACGAGCACGGAUAUGGCAUGAAAGUGUCUGGCGACAACCCAGUAUACGUGCAAUCGGUGAAAGAGCACGGGGCGGCAUGGCGCGCCGGACUGCGGGCGGGCGACCGCAUCCUGCGGGUGGACGGCGUCCCUGUUCACCACCACACGCACCAGCAGGUCGUCAUGAUGAUCCGAGCCAAUCCAACCGCCGUACUGACGGUCCACCAGAACACCUCGCGCCACAAAACGCCUAUCACCGCGCCUCUGCCUGUAAAUCCGGAGAAACAAAGGCAGCUGGAGGUGUCCAAAGUCCACACAAUGAGGCUGAUGCUGGAGCAAGAGCAGAAAUAUAUCCGUGAGCUUCGCAACGAACUCUCCAAAGUGCCUGACGUCAGGAAGCAGGCGCAACUGGAUUCCUCCGAGCAACGUUGCGCCACGCUCCAGCACGAGAUAGACUCCAUCACCGCCGGACAUCCCCCACAGCCCAACGAACCAUCGCCGGCCACGCCACGACUCUCCAGAACCAAGACCAACCUCGACAAACCGGCUGGCUCUCCACCGCCUACCAGCUUCCUUAGCGGCCUCCCAAGAUCUCUAAGCAAUCUUACUGGACAGAGCUUAAGGAAUCUAAGGACUAGACAAAACAAUAAACAAGAAAAUACACCACCUUUAGUACGACAAAACUCAGAUGAGACUAACAAAAGACGACACGUACAUAACAACACAGUUCCAAUGGUCCCAACGACGUGUUUGGAUAACACACCCCCACCGUUACCUCCAAGGUCUAUUGAGCGUCCGAAGCGAACUCCUCUAUCGCCAAAUAUGACUCCGAUGAAUCCUUUAGCGAAACCGAAACCGAGCUCCUCCGUCUCACCGGCUCACAAAUAUUAUAAAAGAGAUAGAGGAUCGCCAAUGCAUCAGUCGAUGCCGUCGUAUGAGAGUCAGAAGUUGAGGAUGUCGUCUCACUCGUUGGACGGGGAGCUGGACGGUCCGCAGCCCAACUCUAUAGCCCUGCAGAUGAGCUACCCGCUGGUGAACGUGCCGCCUCCGCCGUUGCAGACGGACGAUAGAACGGGAUUGCCGAUUCUGCAUGUGCGGAGCCAAUCGUCGCCCGAGCAUUUAGACCAUGGGCUGCCUAGGUCGGGCUGGGCGCGCGGCACGCCCCCUCCAGGGACUCCGCCGCCGCCCUACGCGCACAACACGCAGCCGUGCGCGGAUCCUCAGAGGGCCAUCAUUUCUAUGGAAGAGGAUGACUCGCCCGCCUGUGAAACAUCGAACCCCGGCCUGUUCUCGAAUCUUCGCACGGUGUUGGAUUCCAAGGCGCGGACGGCGGUACUACUCAACUGGCUUUUAGGAGAGAGGAGGUGCGCGUGCGCCACGCUGCUGCUGCUGAUCACGGACGGGUACCGCGCGGCGCAGGGCGCGCCGCCGGCCACGCUGCGGCGCUGGGCCUACGAGAUCCAGUCCACCUUCCUGGCGCCCGCCGCCGUGCUGCGGCCUCCCACGCUAGACCCGCAGGCGGUCAAAGAAGUCGAAGACGCCUUACAUGAUGAUUACGAUAAAGAAGAAAUACUCCGCAACGUCUUCCGAAAAGCGCGACAGAAGGCUAAAGAAGAAAUGGCGCAACAACUCAACGAAUUUCAAGUUAAAAGACAAGUCGGCUUAGGUGGUCUUUACGGACCUGACGACGCUCAAAUUGAGAGAUGCGUCGUUGAUAAGGCUCAGGAACAAGUGAUAGUGGAGCGGCUGCUCGUGCAGUGCCUGGCGGGCGUGGCCAGCGCGGGCGCCGGCAGCGCGGGGGCCGCCGCGGGGGGCUGCGGCGCGAGGGCGGAGGGCCGCGCCGCGCUGCUGGCCGCGCUGCAGGCCGCCGCGCUGUAUCUACAGUGCAGGCCGGCGACCGUGGCGGCGGCGGCGGGCGGCGCGCGCGCAGGUUUCCUACAACGAGACAAGCUGUACAAGCAGCGCGUCAAGCAGCUCGCCAAGAUGAACCCGCAGCCGUUCAUUGUCCGCGGCCACCACCUGCAGCUCCAAGCUCUGACCUCGGAAGCACACUGCCAUUAUUGCGACGAGGUCAUUUGGGGUCUGGCUCCUCAGGCAUACUUCUGCACGGAUUGCAAGCUGCGCGUCCAUCGCAACUGCGCCAAAUCCGUGGAGGAAGCGUGCAUUAUAACCGGCGACCACAACAACCGGAUAUCCCGUCUUAUAGACUUAAUACACCCCGCUCAUCAGCCACAAGACGACAAGAAAGCAAAAAAAUCUUCGAGUACAGCACAUUUUCUCAACAUGGAACGCAGCACCCGCAAACUGGAGGACGAGCAGCUUCCCCGAGCCGAGCACGCGCUCGCGCCGCCUCCAGGAGAAUCGAAACGAGAGGGCUCUUCCGAAGAGCCAACAGCCCCAGAACCAGAGACGGAAGCCACUGAUGCCAGCAAGGACCCGCCUAAGGACACCAAUUGGCGCACAGCGUCAUCUGGCGGUCGCGGCGUGAACCGCGCAGAGAGCUGCCGCGAGCGCGACCCGCCCCGCCGCGGCAAACACCGGAACGCGAGCGACCCAAACCGCCUCACCGCGCACAACAACCAUGACCUUGAAGGAGGCGCAGCGACGGCCCCAUCAGGCAGCUCCAGCAGUUCAAGCUUGUCUUCCAGGAGUAAUGAGAGCACCACGGUGCCCGCUGAUCAGCAAGCUUCCCAAUCGGACUGGUCGGAGGAGGAAGAUCCCCUAGCUCCACAGUGGGCGGAUAGCUUGCCUCCUCAAAUUCUGGACUCGUUGCUGCUGGACAAGCGGCACAGGAAACGACAGGAGGUUAUCCAUGAACUAAUCGUCUCCGAAGGCUCCCACGUCCGUUGGCUCAAAGUCCUCGGCGUCGACUUUCUUCGCCCGUUAGAAAAGCAGCCGUCUCUUUUACCCGCCGAAGAACUGCGGGCACUCUUCCCCAACCUCCCUGGAGUUAGAGAGAGACACAUGAAGUUGUACGCGGAUCUGAGGGCGCUGAGGAAUGAUUCGAGUAACCAUAUUGUGCCGAUAAGGGCAGUUGCUGAUGCUAUGCUUGGGACGUUGGGUGACUCGGGCUACGCCUCCUGCCUGUCUCGCUUCUGCCGCGGCCAGCGCCUGGCGCUGGAGACGCUGCGCGAGCGCCGCCGCAAGCACAAGGAGCUGCACCACUUCCUGGCCGCGCGCGAGCAGCUGCCCAGGUGCGGCCGGCUGCAGCUGAGGGAUCUGCUGGCGUGUGUCUGGCAGAGAUUGACAAAAUACCAGCUCCUCCUGCAAGGCAUCGUGGACACGGUUAGCGAGUCGGACGCGGACACCGACGAGGACAUCGCCCAGCUGAAGAAGGCACACGAUACCGCCAAAGAUGUACUGCAAAGCGUCGAUACUGCCAUCAGGACCGCUGAGAAUGACCACAGGCUUCGAACAAUCCAGAACAAGCUGGAAGUUCGAGCUGGAAGCGAGUGGGAGGAGCUUCGCAGACUGGACCUGACCCAGAGACAACUUCGCAUGGAAGGAGACUUGGCCAUCAGGCACGACGGCAACAAGAAGAUCAGCGUGCUGGCCCUGAUGCUGACCGACGUGCUGGUGCUGCUGCAGCGGGAAGGCGACAAGUUUGUGUUGCGACCUAUUCCUGCUCCCAGCCAGCAGGGCGCGCUGUCGCCGCUCGUCAAAUGGUCAGUGCCUCUCCUGCUCGCCACCGACGUGCUGGUGCUGCUGCAGCGGGAAGGCGACAAGUUCGUGUUGCGCCCCAUCCCCGCGCCCAGCCAGCAGGGCGCGCUGUCGCCGCUCGUCAAAUGGGACAAGGUGCUGUUCCGGCCGAACGCGGCGGCGCGCAACACGUUCUUCCUCAUGAACAUCAACGGCGUGCAGAUGCACGAGCUGUCCGCCAACACGCCCGCCGAAUACGCUACAUGGGUAAAGAACAUCCAAGAGUGCCCGCUGGCCAAGCUGGCGGAACAGAAGCCCAGCCUCACGCCGCAGCACGCCCACUCGGCCUCCAGCGCCAGCCGCGCCACCGACGACGAGGGAAGCAACGUAUCCCGCAAUCCAUCAGAUGCCUCCGAGAAAUCCGCCGCGGCUGAAGAGCGGGAUAGGGCUAGCUCCGAGAGGGAGAAGGAACGAGCGGUCAGCGCCGAGAGGGAAAGAGAGAGGGAAGCGGAGAAACAGGAGGAAGAGAAAGAGAAAGAACGCGAAAAGGAUGAAGUUGUGGAUAGGGAGGAUAAGCAUGUGCCGCGCCGGCCCACCAUGUCCCGCGUGUCGACGCACGAGGCGCCGCCGCCGCGCGCGCUGGAGCCGCACGCCGCCGUCACCGUGAGCGCCGCGCGCGCCGAGCAGGCCCACACCGCCGUGCGGGCCCUCACUCCACAAGAACAGCUCCGCCGCCUGGACGAGGUGAUCAGCCGCUCGCUGCGAGCCAAGAGCGCGGUGGUGGCCGAGCUGCUGGGCGUGCCGGCCGACAGCUACGCGCAGGUGGCCGACCUGGCCGUGGCCGAGGCUUUAGGCCAGUGCGAUACAUCAGGCGAAUUACGGCUUCAACGUAGUGUGAGCAACGAGGAACCUUCGGAAAUACACACGCUGCUGCUCGCCGCUCUUACGCAAGCCAACCAACUGACGGAGUCCCUGGCGCGCGCGCUGACCGUGAACGAGGCGGCGGCCGUGGCGGCGCGCGCGCGCGGCCGCUGCGACCGCUGCGCCAAGCGGCCGCUGCAGCGCAGCUCCACGCUCCGGGCACGGGGCACGGACGGCGGAGAACCUCCAUCACCUCCCCGAUCCCCAGGCCAGCUGGAUUCCCGACUGAACGACUCGAUGUCGAUGCUGGAUACAAUCUCGUCACUCGAGAAAGAAGCCUCGUUCGACAUGCUCAGUGACCUUGAGCCACAGGAACCGAACGCCGAAGACUCUCUAGAGAGCAACGCGUCGUCGGCGUCCCUGGCGGCGGCGCUGCUGCCGCUGCACGGGGGGCUGCAGCGCACGCUGGGGCGGCUGCUGGGAGCCCUGCCGGCGCUGGAGGCGGCGCGGAGGGAGCUGCGGCGGGAGCUGCCGGCGCUCAGAGACGCCAACGACGCGCUGAGGCAUGCUCCACGUGAGUACACUAGUGUGACACUCCGCCUCGCUGCUGCCGCUGCACGGGGGGCUGCAGCGCACGCUGGGGCGGCUGCUGGGAGCCCUGCCGGCGCUGGAGGCGGCGCGGAGGGAGCUGCGGCGGGAGCUGCCGGCGCUCAGAGACGCCAACGACGCGCUGAGGCAUGCUCCACGUGAGUA